AGUCCACCACCGAUCUUUUUCCUCAUUCAGUCCGAGAAAUUCUUUUGUGGAAAAACUUCCUUCGACCGUGAGAAAAAUGUGAAUUUUGUGUUAUUUCCGUGGUACUAGGGACAAUGUAACUCUGUGACUUUGUGUUGAAGCACCAGGAAUCUAUUUACGAGUUAAUUGUAUGAUAGUUUUAACAGAAAACUGAAAGUCAAUUGGAAGAGUGCAAGACCGAAGACAUCAUGGAUAACGAUAAUGCAAAGUUAGCCGCAGAAAUGUUUGAUCAUUUCUGCGGUGUUACAACGAUGCGACAAAUUAUGGGACUCCAUCGAAAUAUGUUGGAUGCUGUUGGACUGAGACCCGGACCUCUCAAUGACUUUUACCCCAAACUCAAGGCUAAGAUACGCAAUUGGAAGGCACAGGCUCUAUGGAAGAAAUUUGAUGCUCGUGCUGCACAUCGGGUUUACAACAAAGGUACAGCAUGCAGUGGAAUUAGGGUACUGGUGAUUGGGGCGGGUCCCUGUGGUCUCCGGACGGCAAUUGAGGCCCAAUUGUUGGGAGCCAAAGUGGUGGUUGUGGAGAAACGCGACAGAAUAUCGCGCAACAAUGUGCUUCAUUUGUGGCCUUUUGUCAUAACGGACUUGAGAAAUUUGGGCGCUAAAAAGUUCUACGGAAAAUUCUGUGCUGGAUCCAUUGAUCACAUCUCCAUCAGGCAACUGCAGUGUAUUCUACUCAAAGUUGCUCUUCUGCUGGGCGUUGAAGUGCACGAAGGAGUGUCUUUUGUCAAUCUAAUCGAGCCAAAAGAUGGCUGUGGUUGGCGCGCCCAAGUAAGUCCAGAGGAUCAUGCUGUCUCACAUUAUGAAUUUGAUGCACUUAUUGGUGCUGAUGGCAAACGAAAUACACUAGAGGGUUUUGUGCGGAAGGAGUUUCGUGGUAAAUUAGCAAUUGCUAUUACGGCAAAUUUCAUCAAUAAGCGAACAGAAGCAGAAGCUAAGGUUGAAGAAAUCAGUGGUGUGGCCUUUAUAUUCAAUCAAUCCUUCUUUAAGGAAUUGUACUAUCGAACUGGUAUUGAUUUGGAAAAUAUUGUUUACUAUAAAGAUGAAACGCACUAUUUUGUAAUGACGGCCAAGAAAAUGAGUCUCAUUGACAAGGGUGUUAUAAUUCAGGAUUCAGCUGAUCCAGCUGAACUUCUAUCCCCGUCAAAUGUUAACACAGAUAAGUUGCUAGAUUAUGCAAGGGAAGCAGCUGAAUUUUCGACAAAGUACCAAAUGCCUAAUUUGGAAUUUGCUGUGAAUCACUAUGGAAAGCCCGAUGUGGCUAUGUUUGAUUUCACAUCAAUGUUCCAAGCUGAGAAUUCUAGUCGGAUUUCGGUGCGAAAGAACUAUCGGCUGUUGCAGUGUCUUGUGGGUGAUAGUCUUCUUGAGCCAUUUUGGCCUACAGGAUCGGGCUGUGCACGUGGCUUUCUAUCUAGUAUGGAUGCAGCCUAUGCUAUAAAAUUAUUUGCAAAUCCACGAAAUAGUUGUCUGGCUGUUUUGGCCCAGAGAGAAAGUCUCUACAGGUUACUGGGUCAGACAACUCCUGAGAACUUAAAUAGAGACAUUAUGGCCUAUACAUUGGAUCCAUCUACAAGGUAUCCAAAUUUAAAUAAAACCCUGGUUCAAGUGCAGCAAGUUGAAAUGCUCCUGGAUGCUGAUGAUACGGCUAUCUAUCAGCAGACUUUCAUGGAUACAAAUGCCAUUUCAACUGUACCAGAUGCUCCAGUUCGGAGAAAGAGAAGAACUGGUGAUACUACUCCAUUGGGAAUGGUAUUGCUGCGCUGGAUAAAGUCUCAGUUAAAAGCAUAUGAAUUUUCCAAUAAUUUAACGGAUGUUGCGCAGUGUUUCACUCAUGGAAAAGUCCUAUGUGCUCUAAUCCAUCGAUAUCGUCCAGAUUUGGUUGAUUUUGCCUCACUGGGUGACAUUCCGGCUGAACAGUGCAAUGCAAAGGCCUUCGAUAUUUUGGAGAAUGAUUUGGGAAUACCUCGUGUCAUGCAACCCAGUGAUUCUGUCAAUAUUGAUCAGAUUGAGUCAAAGACAUGGCUCAAUUAUCUGGAACAAAUUUGUGAGCUGUUUCGCGGAGAAAUUCCCCAUGUUAAACAUCCGAAAUUGGAUUUUGCUGAAUUGAAAGAGAAGCAGAGGAGUAAUAUUCCGGACUUUUCCAAUUUGGUGAAGUCUUCUGGAAAGAGAAAUGUGGUGGAGGCUGAAGCAAUCAACCGACGAAUUGCGCUUGAUGAAGAGCGCAAUAAGAAUCGAUCUCGACGACUGAAUUACGAACAGAUGCAGGCUGUGCAGGCGUCAGAGGGACCCCGGAGAGCCAAGAAGAGGCGAAGUCAUGAGAAAUUUCAGAAUGUGGAAGAACAGAAGAAGCGUCUUCAAGAAAUACAAAAUAAUCGAAUGGAGCGUCAGAGCAAAAGACGAUUGGAACGUGCUCGACAGACUGAAAAUUUCUACAAGAGCUUACAUAUGCUACAAUUUAAUAGUUUCCUCCGUGAUACUGAUAGUUCAACGCCAUUUGAAGACUACUCACUCUAUGUCUAUCGCCAACAAGCUCCAGACUUUAAUGAUCGUGUUAAAGAUCUGGAGAGGAAAUUGUUAUAUCCCGACCGGGAAAGGGGCUUCUACUCAGCUCUCCCAAGGGGAGCACCUGAUGAGAAGUUUAGCAAUCGCAUCAAAUCAAUGGAAUCGAAAAUUGUGGGAAAGAAUAUGGGGAUUGGCGAUAAGAAACCAAAAGAUUUACUUCGUGCCAUUGGGAAGAUUGAGAGUGAUGACUGGAAUGUGCGAGAAAUUGAGAAGAAAAUUGAGCAAUCGAAGAAAGCUGAGGUGGGCAAAAGUCGGGAAAAAGUGCCCAAAUGGAGUCGGGAGCAAUUCCUGGCACGUCAAAGCAAGAUGUCCAAGCCGGUUGAUCGUCAAUCGUCGAUUGAUGAGAAGUUCAAAGAAAUCGACAUGACGAUAAAGUCACUGGACAAACAGCUGAAAGAGGGACACAAUCUGGACAGAGGAGAGCGUGGAAAAAAUAAGGUGGCUUCGAUUGCUGGGCAAUUUGGCAAAAAGACCGAUGAAGGUGGAGGAGGACCAUCUGGAGAAGAAAAAUCUGGUUCCAAGUCCCUGAUGAAUUCCAAACUAGGAUUGGUUUUGACGUCACAGGGAGUAUCGGAGAUUUGUCACUUCUGCAAGCAGAAGGUUUACCUGAUGGAAAAGAUUUCGGCUGAGGGAUUGGUUCUGCACAGAUCCUGCCUCAAGUGUCACCAUUGUCAUACGAAUCUCCGACUGGGUGGAUAUGCUUUCGAUCGCGAUAGUCCCGACGGGUUAUUCUACUGCAAUCAACACUUCAAAUUGCCUCCGAAACCAUAUAAGCCCGUCACAAAGAGGCAGCCUCACUUUCCGAAGCACGAGGAAAUCUCAGCAAAAACAUCCCGAAUUUCCCCGGAUAAAGCAUCUCGUGCGGAAAAUAUUGUGGCAAUGGAUUUGCUUGAUCGGGGUCAGACACCUGAACGGAUUGAAUUUGAGAAUACCGAUGCAAUGUCCGAUGGUGAACGUUCACUCAAUAAUAUUAUCGAUGAGAAUGAGUGGACAGAUAGGAAUUUUGGUACGGGAACUGAUGAGACAGAUUCUGAUCUCACCAGUUCAGAUUCAUCUGAUUCAGAGACUGAUUCGGAUAUGUAUGAGGAAGCUAUGGAUUCACCAUUGGGAGCUGAAACACUCCAAUUGGCCACAGAUUGGAUUGGAAAGCAGAGGAUAUGUUCACUGCAGGACAGCGAUGGGGAUGAAUUCUAUGAUUCCAGUGAGGAUGAUGAUGUUGAUACUCAAACUGAGGGAGAGGAAUUGGCGAGAGCUCGUGAGAUCCGGAUGCAGGAGGUGAAACUCAUGCCACCCGUUUAUCCGGCCACAGACACCGAAACUGAGGUUCAAUCCGAUUCAGAGUCAUCAUCAGUGGAGAUUGAGCCAAAUUCAGCAACGGAAAUUUCCACAGAUUCGGAAUUUGAUCAUGAUCCCAUCACAAAGACACCUCCUCAGAUUGUCAUUGAUGAUACAUUCCUGAGGCGACCGACUCGUGUGCACAUUCGACAGGGAAUGAUUUCAAAUGGCCUGAGGAAUCGGCAGGUGACAAAGACAAACAAUAGUGGCGAGGGAAAAAUGAGUGAGUUCAGUAGUAAAAUUGAAUUGGAUAUAAAGCCUCUGGUUCAGGUUGAUCCGUCAGUGUUGGCAAGUACCAAUCGUACUCCACUUCGGAAUCCUCGUCCGGGUGACUAUAUGCUCAACAAAGCCCCAAGUACUGAGGGGAUUGCAUCGAAGAAGAGUUUGGAACUGAAGAAACGAUAUUUACUGGGGGAAACUGCAAAUACGGGUCUAAUGAAAUCUGGUUCAACUUCAGUUUUAGAUUCGGCUUUUAAGAAUUUUCACUCAAAUAUUUCUCAAUGUCAGAAAUUGCUCAAUCCUGGAUCAGAUAUUAGUCCGACAAUGCAGAUGUUUCUCAAGCAGACGAAUAGAUUGAGUGGAAGUAGGGAGGAUAAGAAGGAGAUUGAAUCGAAUAGGAUCAAUGAGAAAAUUAAUGUUUAUGGGAUGAAUAAUAAUUUGAGGGAGAUGGUUGAGAAGAGAAUUGAGGAGGAGCAUGUAGUGCCGACGGAAACGAUAAAUACGGCAUUGGUGGAGAAUAAAUUGAAGGAUUUUAUCAGUGGCAAAAGUAAUGAUGAUAUUCCAAUAGUUGAUCUUGCAAAUGUUGAUCUUCCGGAGGAUAUGAUAAGGGCUAAUCAGGAGUUUAUUGAUAAAUUGGAGUGCAGUGAAGAUGUGGAAAAUAACAAAGUGAUAGAAGUUAUUGAUCUCACGGCUGAUUCCACUCUGGGAAAAUUUGAUUCAAUGGGAAGUUUGGAUAAGAAUGAGCAAGUAGUGCCGGAUUCUCUGUCAUCGGUGAAGAGUAAAAUUGAAGCUGAUAAAUCAGCUAUUGAUUCACUGUUGCGACAGAGGGAUGUGUUAGAUGUGCAAGAGACCACAAUUCAGGUGCCUGUGAUGAAUUCAUGGGAACCGAAGAAGAAGCCCAAGUCGGAUUCUGACGUGGAAUCUGAUAGUUUGUCCAAUUCAUCGAGUACAUCGAGUUUAGAGGAGAUUCCACACUAUAUUCUUGAUUCUACCACUAGUCCAGAUACUCAGGUCAAUGAACGUUUUGUUCCGCGACUUGAAGUGAGGGAUACAACGGGUGAAUUGAUGCAAAUUGAUAGUUUGAUGAUUGUCGAUGGGAAGUACAUUGGGGAUCCGGAAGAUUUGAAGUUACUGGAAAAAUUGCCUGAAAUUCAGGUUAAGGAGGAAAAUCCCGCACAGAGUGAAUGUGAUAUUAGUUGCAAUAAUGAUGAGAAGAAGAAUGAUGUGGCUAGGGGAAUUGGUGAAGUAUUGCGGAGGAAUGAUUCAUUCAAAUUUGAUGCACGCAAUAAGAGUAAGAUUGAAUCAUUGAAGAAUUUACCAUUGAAUUUGGAGGAGACACGUGAUGGAGGGGAUAGUGUACUUGAGUCACCAAUUAUUGAUCGUGAUAAAACACCCACAGCUAAUGCGCCACCUGGAUUUGGUGGUCAAUCGGAUUCAGAGACAGAAAUUACGGGGCAAGUGUUGACCGAAACGGAAUUGUCCGAUUGGACGGCUGAUGAUGCAGUUUCGGAGAAUUUUGUUGAUAUUGAAUUUGCCCUGAAUUCCAAUAAGGGUACAAUUAAGAGAAAUAAAAAGGCAAAGAAAAAGAUGCCACAGCAGGAACAACCAACUGUUCAGCAACUCAGUGAUGGUGAUCUUGAGAGUAAUAUUAUGAAGAGCUUUGACAUUGACAAUAUUGAAUUCAUGGAUACAGGGUCUGAUGGAUGCGUAGAGACUUAUUCGACCACAAAUAAGGGUAUGCUGAGAAAUCGGGGAUAUGUGGAAUUUGUGGAUCAUGUUCCAGAACAAAUUUCCAGUAGAUAUUGUCCCAGUUAUCGCAGUGAUACUGGAUAUUCGAGUUCAUCACGCUUGAAUUUGGGAUAUGGUAAACCGGAAGUGAGUCCGGCAAAAGAAAUUCCCGGUAUUGAUUAUAUUGAGCAAGGAGCCUGUGUUUUGUCAUCAUCCAGUGAGGGUGAACUCAAAACUCCCGUCAACGAAAUCACUAAAUCUGUGUUCACUGAUACAUCAUCGUCUCAGGUCAAAAGUCAAGAUUCAGAACAACAUUCCAGCCUCAAUAAUGAAAUUGAAGAUGACAGUCUUGUUCUCAUAACAUCCCAAACAAAUACCACGGAAGAUAGUGAAGCACUUACCGUUGUAACUAGUCCAUUAGAUUCAGCAGAUAAAAAUGCCGUAGAACAAUCAUUUGGUGAAGCUGUAAAAGCAAUUUCAAAGGAUGAUUCUCAUCGAAAUACACCCGAUGAAAUGAGCUAUGAAGACUAUGUGAGGAAAUUACAAAUGAAAAUUUCUCAAAUAAGUAAUUCACGGGAUUCAAUUGAUGUGAAAAAGUCCAAGAGGAGAUCGUCAAAGGGAGAAACUGAUUCUAGUGCUCCUGAACUCCCAUCCCCAACGUCCUUUGCACCCAAUAAACUCAGUAUUUUCGAUGAUAAAAUCAAAGAACCGCCCACACUUACCAAGAAACUCGAGGAAAUUACAAAGGAACGGGCAAAGCAGAAAGAUCUCAUUCAUGAUCUCGUGAUGGAUAAGUUGCAGACGAAAAAGCAACUUAAUGCAGAGAAAAGACUCAAUAGAAGUCGAUCACGACAAUUUGGCGGUACCAGUGGAAGUUUAACACUUUCCGGACUUUCAUCUUUUGACCUUCCGCACUGUCAUCCAGUUCCAGGAGACAAACGUACACCUCCAUCGAAAGUCUUUGAACCUCUUCAGUCACCUAGUAAAGUCCUCGAGACUACAAUAUCAUCUCCGGAUAAACUAAAAGAUCGACCUGUCAGUGAAAAUGUUGACAGUAAAUUUGGUGGAAUUGUUUUACCUGUAUCACCGAAAAAACUGACAAAAACUCAGUCUUUCUGUGGCUACAGUUCACGCUUGACGUCAGCAGAGAAUGACUUAAUUGCAGAAUCCUUCAAAACACCAAUUCCACCACCAAGAAGUGCCCGGAGAAUUGAUGAAAAAACUCUAGUACAUUCCGAUAAACUCCGUCAAGAAGCUCGGGCUAGGGCCAGAUUGAAAUCCAACGAAGAUCUCGGACUUAGUCCUGAAGAAAAGAUGCAAAUGCUAAGGAAACGCUAUCAAUUAGAUCUCGCAGAUACACCCAAUAAAUCCGAUGAUGCAAAAGUGCGUGAACAGAAGCUAAUGGCUUCCAAAAGUGUUAGUGAUAUUUCAACAGCAAAUUCCUUCGUGCAAUUCGAAAAGAGUAUCGAUGGUGAUAGUGUUGGAAAGAGUACACCUAGAAAAUUCUUCAAAGGUACAGAAUUUACGUCAGAUUCAAAUUUGACUGGAGAAUCUAUGGUCAAUGAUAAGACGCCCAAUGGAAAGAAGGAGAGUCCAAAGAGACAGAAUGAUCGAAGAUCGAGGAGUAAGGAUCCGGAACGCCGGAAAAGUAUUAUACAGACAGUAUCGGACUUUUUUCACAAGAAAAAGGACUCGAAGGAUGCCAUCAAUCAAAUUAACAAAGACAAAGCCGAUGGAGUUUUUGGGCUCUUCAAGUUGUCGUCAAAGCAUAAAGAAAAAUCAAAGUCGUGCUUUGAUGUACGAGAAUUAAUGAUUUAUUGUGAAAAGGAGAAUUCUCCAUCGUAUUCGGAACGAAGCAAAUCAGAGGAUUGCCUUAAAGCUGAUUGGCGCAAUCGCAGGAGUGAAGAUGAAUUGACACCACCACCAAUUCCGCCUCUUCCUCUAAAUUACCAGAGAUCCGAUGAUGAAAGUACAUCAGUGGCUGAAAAUCGGGAAUUAAAGAGAUUGAAGGCAAUGUCAAAGGCAUCACGUCAGGCAGAACUGAAGCGACUGAGGAUUGCGCAGGAGAUUCAGCGAGAACAGGAAGAAAUAGAAGUACAAAUAAAGGAAUUGGAAGCAAGAGGUGUAAUUAUUGAGAAAGUACUUCGAGGAGAAGGAUCCUUUGGAGAAUACUUCAAUGCAAGUGAUCCCAGUGGGGCUAGUGAUGAGAAAUAUCUGAAAGAAUUGCUCGAGAUAUGGCGAAAUAUAACACAAUUGAAAAAACGUGAUCAGGAAUUAGGAAUUAGAGAACAAGAACUGAAACUUGAACAUCGUCAUGCUCAGCUGAAAGAACAACUCAAUAUGCGGUUGUCUUGUAGCAAAUUGGACAAGAGUUCGGCCGAUGUGGCGGCUGAAGGUGCAAUUUUGAAUGAAAUGCUCGAAAUUGUGGCCAAGAGAGCAGCCCUGAGGCCAACAGAUGGGCUACCGACAACCGAUGAAGUAAGUGCUGAGAUUGUUGUGGCACCCACUUUGAACUGGGCCCCAGUUCUUGUUGUUUUUAGUUUUCUUUAUGCAUGCAUUUUGUGGUUUGCUUACAGUAGAUUAGAAAAUUAGUCACACAAAAGUGAUAUUAUAUUUUGUGGAAAAUGGAGAUUGUGAUUGAAGGUUUGACCUGAUUUUUUUUUACUUUUGUAUUUAUCACCCAUUUUUUUAAUUUCUUAUAAUGCACUGUUUUUUUUUUAAUUUAUUGAUCACACCAAUUCACCACUAUACUGAGAAUAAUUUUGUAUAGCAAAUUGCUAUUUAAAAAGAUAAUUUCUGGCCUAAUUGCACUUUUUCGUAUGAUAAUUAUUGUGAUUUAAUUUAAAAUGUUAAUAAUGAUAUUAAUUUUCCAAUGUGCACAGAUUUUUGCGAAUUUUUCUAUUUGUAUGUAAAUGUGUUCUAAAGCAUGCCUCAAAUGUGCUAAUGUUUUUGUUUUAAGUUGAUAUUUUCCAAAUUUUAAUAUUCCUAAUUUAAAUUAUUGGUUUUUUUGUACAUAUUCCCUAAUGACAAUUUUAGUAAUAAAUUUUUUUCUCUCUCUUUGCUCUAGAUAUGAUUUGAUCGUGACAAAAUAGAAUGGAUUUUUGGUUGAGAUACAGAAAAAAAAUGUAAUUAUUCAUAUGAGACAUGUUUGAGACGAGCUAGAAAAAAAAAUCAGAAUAGUAGGGCAAGAGAUUUUUUUCAAAAUUUUAGGUUCAGAGUUUUAAAAGUGGAAAAAAACCUAAAAAACAAAAAAAAUAUUUUAACUAUUACUUUUAUUAUUCUAAGAAAAGCCUGCCAAAAAAAAAAGAAUUAAAAGAACGUCACAAUACUAAAGUAAUAUAUGAAACUAAUGUAAUGUGUAGCAAAAGAUUCUCAUGUAGCGUCUUUCUAAGUGAUAAAAUGAAAUUCCCAGUUUUGAGCACAAUGUAAAAAUGUUCUGUCUCUAUCCUCUUCAUUUUAUUUUAUUUUAAUACAAUUUAAAUAUGUAACAAAAUUACUGGUUUUAUUAAAUCGCAAUAUUGUAUACUUAUGAUAUUUUAUAACCAAAAAUAAUACAAAUUAAUUAAUUAUUAAUACAAGUAAAA